CGCAUGCGCCGAACCCUAAAGAAGGAGGCCCUAGUUUCUGGCGCACCAGGAGCCAAAGAAUUGCCCAGGCGUGGGGUGGGGCGAGAGCCACCUCGGAGUCGGCGGCGGUUGUUCCGGUUCCGGUGGUGUCGAAAUGCCUGUUAAAAGAUCCCUGAAGUUGGAUGUCUUGUUACAGGAAAAUUCCCCCCAGGCCUGCCGGAGCCGAGGGCAGUUGGUGGCAUCGUAUUCCCCGACCACAGGAACGCGGGAGAUCAGCCCCUCAUCGUCUCCCCAGACUCAUGGCGGCUGGGAGCUCGGGCGCUGCCCUUGGCAUGACAGAAUGGAACUUGGUCCUAGCCCGGGAUUCCCCAGAAGAGGGCAGCCUCGCGUGGAAAACCAAGAUGACAUCAUGAUGUUACUCUAUAAAAUUGACAAAUCCUUAGAAAAAUUCACAGAAACAUGGCAAAGUUUAAAACAUUUAAAGGCUUUGAUGGGCCGGCCAGAGCUGGAAAAUCUCAUUGGUGUUUCCCAGACGUCCCUGGACUUGAAAAGCGAGGUCCAAAAAGCCAGAGAACUGAUGAUAAAAGUAAGAAAACAGGAACAGCCAAGACAGAAAACACGAGAGCAUUCCACGGGAGAUUUUGGACAUCUCAACAGCUACGAAUUCCUCAAAUCUAUUAUGACCUGAGGCAUUGGGAGAAACACUCGCUACCCAGAGCAGCUCCGACAGCCGCCCGGCCAGAUCUAAAGGGACCCAAGAAACGCUCGUCAGUCAGGCUGGCCGACAAAGACCCGUUCGGGAGGCUCCCGGAACCAGGCCGGUGCACAGGAAGAGCAUGUUUCCUGCAUCUCAUUUAAACUUUACUCCACACACGAGCAGAUCAUCUCAGUGUAAAUAAUGCAUUUCUUCAUGACUCUUUUAUGAAAGCUUGUAUGCGAGAGGAGCCUGAUUUAUGAUUCUGUAGCACAGACCAUUUUUUAUACUUUAAGUACAGUUUCCUCUGUGCAGGUUUAAUAAAGCAGACAAUGGCAUACUUGAUGGAA